UAAUUUCUUUCAAAAGGUGAAACAGAAUAAACUAGUCUAUUUACAGUACCUGCAAUUGACCUGCAAAGCAUUUAGGGUCAGUUUACGACAGGGAGUUCCUACAAUUUUAUGGUAUCUAGAUGAUACUAAAUUCUAAAGGAACUUUCCUCUCUCAUUUCCAAAGCAACCGUUGCCUGUGCCAGUCGAAGCUGUACUCAUAUAUUUUUUUAAUAUUUAAAUAAACCAGUGUCAUAAAAUCAGCAAAAAUAUUUUCACCAAAUUAUAAAACGAAUCUGAAGGGUUGCCAAAGGUUUUUACGGCUCUACGUUGAAGAAGAAAAAAAUGAAAUCUUUAUUUUAUGUCACUGUUGGAGCCAUAGGAGCUUUCUCAGGCAUAUGUAUAUAUAAAGGGGACGAAAAAUUUUACAAAAACUUUGUUAUGCCAGUUAUUCACUUACUGGAUCCAGAACAAGCACAUAAGUUAGCUGUUAUAACGAGUCAAUACAGACUAACUCCUGUUAGUAAAUACAAAGACCCUAAUACUCUGAGUACAACCGUGUUUAAUAAAACUUUUGCAAAUCCAAUUGGUAUUGCUGCAGGCUUUGAUAAAGAUGGAAAGGCUGUUAUGGGAUUGAAAGAUAUAGGAUUUGGUUUUAUAGAAGUGGGCUCAGUUACCCCGUUACCUCAACCAGGAAAUGAAAAGCCUAGAGUUUUUCGAUUAUCUAAUGACCGGGCAAUAAUUAAUAGAUAUGGUUUUAACAGUGAAGGCCAUACAGUAGUAUUUGAAAGAUUAAAAGAUGCCAAAACACACUUAGAUUCUCCAGUAAUCAUAGGAGUUAAUUUAGGUAAAAAUAAAACAUCAGAUGAUUCAAUUUCAGACUACGUAAAAGGUAUAAAUACCUUUGGUAGUAUAUCUGAUUAUCUAGUUAUUAAUAUUAGUAGUCCCAAUACACCCAACUUACGAUCUUUACAAAAUAAGGAGAGUUUAAGACAAUUACUGAAAGCAGUCAUACUUACUAGAAAUAAUUUAGAAGUUUCUCCUAAACCUCCUUUGUUACUAAAAUUAGCACCAGAUUUAACACACAACCAAAGGAGAGAUAUAGCUGAUGUAAUAAAACAGCCGGACUGUAAAGUUGAUGGUUUAAUAAUAUGUAACACAACUAUUGAAAGGCCUCAAUUAAAGAGUGAACAUAAAAAUGAAACAGGUGGCCUUAGUGGAGAGCCUUUAAAAGAUGUGUCAACUAAUAUGAUAUUAGAAAUGAGUCAGCUUACAAAUGGAAUACCAAUAAUUGGUGUUGGAGGUGUAGCAUCAGGUAGAGAUGCAUAUGAAAAAAUUAAAGCAGGGGCAAGUCUGGUACAAUUAUAUUCCAGUAUAGUGUUUGAAGGUCCUCCAGUAGUAACAAAAAUUAAAAAAGAAUUGUCCAAGCUGUUGGAGGAGGAUGGUUAUAAGAAUAUAUCAGAAGCAGUUGGAGUUAAUGUUAAGAGUAUAUAAAUAAAUCUCUAUCUCUAAUAGUAAUAAGUCUAAUACUGUGAUGUAAUAUAAAAUUCAAAAUACAUUUUUUAUUUAUUC